AUGCCCAACAGCAGCUCUGUGAGUGAGUUCCUUCUGCUGGCAUUCGCAGACACACGCGAGCUGCAGCUCCUGCACUUCGCGCUCUUCCUGGGCAUCUACCUGGCUGCCCUCCUGGGCAACGGCCUCAUCCUCAGCGCCGUAGCCUGCGACCACCACCUCCACACCCCCAUGUACUUCUUCCUCCUCAACCUCGCCCUCCUCGAUGUGGGAUCCAUCUCCACCACUCUGCCCAAAGCCAUGGCCAAUGCCCUGUGGGACACCAGGGCCAUCUCCUAUCAAGGCUGUGCUGCACAGGUCUUUUUCUUUCUCUUCUUCAUAUCAGCAGAGUAUUAUAACCUUACUAUCAUGGCUUACGACCGCUAUGUUGCCAUCUGCAAGCCCCUGCACUACGGGAGCCUCCUGGGCAGCAGAGCUUGUGCCCAGAUGGCAGCAGCUGCCUGGGGCAGUGGCUUUCUCAAUGCUGCCCUGCACACAGCCAACACAUUUUCCCUGCCCCUCUGCCAUGGCAAUGCUGUGGACCAGUUCUUCUGUGAAAUCCCCCAGAUCCUCAAGCUCUCCUGCUCAAAUGCCUACCUCAGGGAAGUUGGGGCAGUUCUGUUUAGUGUUUCUUUAGUCCUUGGUUGUUUUGUUUUCAUUGUUUUCUCCUACAUGCAGAUCUUCAGGGCAGUGCUGAGGAUGCCGUCUGAGCAGGCUCGGCACAAAGCCUUUUCCACAUGCCUCCCUCACUUGGCUGUGGUCUCCCUGUUUCUUAGCACUGGCAUAUUUUCCUACCUGAGGCCCCCCUCCAUUUCCUCUCCAUCCCUGGACCUGGUCGUUGCACUUCUGUACUCGGUGGUGCCGCCAGCAGUGAACCCCCUCAUCUACAGCAUGAGGAACAAGGAUCUCAAGGAUGCAGUGAGGAAACUGUUUCCAUACAUGAUUCUUAAGCAUCCAUGAUGCUUUCAGAAGAUGUAUUCUUAAUAAUAUGCAAAUAUUUUGAUUCACAUUAUAUCAUAUCAUUUUUAUCGUUACUAGUGUUAUCAUAACAUUGUCAUUAAUAAGAAUCCCAAGAGAAAUCAAAGGAUAUUUGGGAAAAUGACACAACAUUUUUAAAAUUAUUUUUCUCUGUUAGUAUUUGAACAAUAUUUCAUUUUGGUUUUAAUAAUCUCAUUCUUAGCAUUCUGAAUGUUACUUCUUGUGUUAGG